AUUAAACCCCUCCCACUACUGACAGCGCGAGAGUUUUGAUGAGACUGUUUUUGUCUUAUUAAUAGUUCAUAAUCUCUUUUUUGUGUGUCUGGAUACACAUCACCGUAAAAAUGCAAGCUCUAAGAAAUAUGUUCUGCUCCUGGUCAUCUGAUGCCAGACUUGAUGGUAAAACUGUUGUAAUUACUGGAGCCAAUACUGGAAUCGGUAAAGAGACAGCCAUAGACCUGUCAAAGAGAGGAGCACGUGUUAUAAUGGCGUGCAGAGAUAUGGAGAAAGCCGAUGCAGCCCUGAAGGAAAUAAAGGAUGCUUCAGGAAACCAGGAUGUUGUUAUCAGUAGACUCGACCUGGCAGAUUCCAAAUCAAUCAGAGAAUUUGCCGAGAAAAUCAAUAAAGAGGAGAAACAAGUCAACAUCUUGAUCAAUAACGCAGGCGUGAUGGUUUGUCCGUAUGGAAAGACAGCAGAUGGUUUUGAAAUGCAAAUAGGAGUGAACCACAUGGGCCACUUCCUGUUGACGUAUCUGUUACUGGAUCUGAUUAAAAGAUCAACGCCUGCGAGGAUCGUUAAUGUCUCUUCCAUGGCACACCAAUGGGGGACCAUCAACCUGGAGGACAUCAACAGUGAGAAGAACUAUGAUAAACAGAAAGCCUACAGCCAGAGCAAGCUGGCAAACAUUCUGUUCACCCGCUCGCUGGCCAAAAGACUAGAAGGUACUGGAGUCACAGCGUACGCUCUCCAUCCUGGAGUGGUUCAGACUGAACUGUGGAGGCACUUGAAUAAACCUCAGCAAGCCGUCAUGUGGUUAGCAAAGCCCUUCACCAAAUCUUCUGUGCAGGGAGCUCAGACCACCAUCUACUGCGCCGUGGCCCCUGAACUGGAGACAGAGAGCGGCAAAUACUACAGUGACUGCGCAGCUGCAAAAUGUUCCCAGGCUGCCAUGAAUGAUGAGGUGGCCCAGCGCCUCUGGGAACUCAGCUGUAAGAUGCUCAGCAUCGCAUGGGAGUGAAAACGCAUCUCUCUCUAUGAUGAGUUCAGCUUUUACUGCAGUCUGCCUGAGAUUGGCCCAUCUACUGUCAAAAUCAGAAAUGCUUAUAGUUAGUAUUAAACACACCAGCCUAAAAGGAUCAUUAAAUAUGUGAUAUUAUGUGAUAAAUUUUGCACAUGAUGUUAAAUUUAAAUAUAUUUUGUAGAUUUCAGUAUCAGGUAUCAUUUUCUAUUUAAUAGAGGUACAUAUUCAUGCACUAAAUGAUGUGAAUGCUAGAAUCAGGAGGUUGAAAAAUGCACACGUAUACAUGAUUUUUUUUUAAUACAUUUACAUUUUUGUGAUCUUGAUAUUAAUUUUGAGCUUUGUGUGACCCGAGGAGAAAAUAAUGUAAAAUAAGUAAAAAUUUAAUAUUUUACACAUUUUUCUCAUACAUAAUAUUGUACAUAUAUAAUGUGCCUGCAAAUGAUGAAUAGCAACUAAGCACAUCCAAAAUAAAUGUUUUUGUUUACAUAAA